GUUUAAAUCGCCACAAGAGCGUUGUUAAAAAAUAUAAUAUUCGCCGUGAAGGGUUAUAUGCGUUACCUUUAGAAGCGAAAAAAGAAAAGAUUAAUGCAAUUGAUGCAAUUAGCAUUAGGG